AUUCACUUCCAUAUAUAUGGAAUAUGAAAAAUCAUAAUACACGUGAACAUAGAUGUUUAUAUAGAUAUAGAAAUGUGUGAAUAAAAACAAAUAGAAAAACAAUUUUUGUUGUUGUUAUGGUUGUUGUUGCUAAUUUACAAAUCAAUUUUAAUUGGAUUAUGAGAAAUGAACUUGUAAGAUAAUAAGAAUAAUCAUACUGACCAAUUUCUUUUUUUAUUUUUUGGGAAAAAAAUCUCUCUUUCAUUCUUUCUUCCUUUAGAUUUUUAUUGUUCUCAUCUAUUUUUCAAUGAUUAUGAAAUGAUGUAUCAUGAUUAUAUAACUGUGUAUAUGUAGAUUACAUAAUCAUCAUAAAUAACAACAACAACAACAGAAAAACAAAAAAAACAAUCAAGGUUUCCAAUUUUUAAUAUUGAAAAAAAUCAGAACAAAAAAAAGAAGAACAAAAUUGAUAACAUGAAAUUUAUUCAAAUACAUUAUUAGUUACCAAGUAAUUCGAUUGGAUAUGCCAAAAAGUCAAUAAACAAAUAAUAAAGGAGUUACAUAAUAAUUUUUUCGCGGGGGGGUGAUACUAAUAAAAGUGUUUCAAUAUAACAAUCAUAAAACAUUACAAUAUCUAGUGAUUAUACAAAAAAAUAUUGAUCAUAUUUAUAUUCAUGAUAUGACAUGAUAUUGUUGAAUAGAUUUCAUUGAACAUUCAAAGUAUCUAUGAUUAAUUAAAUAAUCAUGAAGUCAGAAACAAAGAAACAAACAAACAAGUGAACAAACAAACAAUCACAAUGUUUUAAAUGUUAAAAAUUUCACGGAAAAACUAUUCAGAUUUCAUUUUCUAGCAUUUUGGAUAAUUAAUAAGUAAAUACUUUUAAAAAAAGAGUAUAAGCUAAAAUCACAAAGAUACUGAUAAUAGAAAACAAAAAAGAAAGUAAUGUAAUUAAAUAAAAGUGAUAUUCAAUAUUUACUUAUCAUUGAUUACAAUGGAAACAUUUAUUUGUCCAAGUGAUAGACAAUUAGCAUUACGUGCAAGACUUGGAACAGGUUGGUCUUCUAGAGCUCAAUCAGCACAACGUCGUCGAGCUCAACCAUUAACAACAGAUGAAGAAGAACAAAUUUUACGUGUUCUACGACGUAAUGAAUUAUUAGCUGAAAAUGAAAAAGCUAGAGUUGAAGCAAUGCUCCAGAAACUUGAUCGUUUAAAACAAACAGCUGAUUCUAGAAAAAAUGAAGAAUGUGCAUUAUGUCAUAAAGAAUUUGGUCAUCUAAGUAAUUUACCAAUAGUUUGUGUAGAAUGUGGUCGUUAUGUAUGUACAACAUGUUGUGUAGAAUUAGUUAUUCCACCAUUAUAUCGACAGCCAAUCACAAAACGUAAUUCAUUGCUUAAUUUUCAAUGGAUGUCAAAUACAUAUGGAAGUGGAAAUUUAUUAAAUAUAUCAAAACAUCAAACAUAUUUUACAAUGGAUCAAACUCGACAAAAUGGAAAUACAACUUUAAAUAACUCAAAUAAUUUAAAAGAUUAACAAAUGAUACAAGCAAACCACGAUUUUUAAAUCGUCGAAGUAGUUUAAUGGGUACAUUGAACUCAGCUGCAUUACAUAGUCAACAAUUAUUUGAAAAGGUUAAAGUUAAAGCGAAUUCACGUCAAAGAGAUAAUCAUUCAUUUGUUUGUAAAAUAUGUUAUGAAGCAAGAGAAAUUUGGAAACGUUCUGGUGCAUGGUUUUAUAAAAGUCUUCCACGUAGUCGAAUGACAAGUUGUCCAUCUAGUCCAUCAUCAACACCUGCUAAUAAUAAUUGUCAAAUAUUUAAUGAUAUAACAGAUCUUGUGAAACCACUACAAAUUAAUACAAAUAACGAAAGUCAUAUUGAACAUACUGAUAAUGAAUCAGAACAAUGGAUACAAUUAAAACCUAACCGACGACCUUCUAAACCUGAAGGAUCAGAAGCUGAUAGCUCAUCUUUACCGAGUACAAGUAAAGAUACACCACAAAACGAAGUUACGUCAAGUACGAAAACACGUGGAAUAUCUAAGGGAUUUCCGAAAUCUCCGGAACAUUCUUCAUAUACUCCACCGGAUCAAAGUACUGUUGAUGUACCCAAAUCAAACUCACCAACAUAUACGAAUGUGCCUGCAACUACGAAUAGUCAAGAUAUAACUCAUAUCUCGCCGGCCUCAUGUCUUUUAUCCGAUUCACUAAAUACUAGUUCAUUAUGGAGACCACAGUCACCUGUUUCAGCACAAUCAUUUCAUCCGUCAUUUGUAUCUAACAAAAGUGUUAAUCAUUCGACAGCCUCUGCAUUAGCUUCUUCAUUUACAAAUGCCAAUUCUACACAGAAAGUUGCAAGUUUAACAGGUGAAAAAGAACCAUCCAAUCUUCUUUCACCAUCAUCGGGUGCCACGUCUACAGUACGACGUUCAACUGUAUCUUCAAGUGAAGAAGCUCCAUUCGGUGUGCUCUACUUUACAUUAUAUCAUGAUACAUUGAAUAAACAACUCCAUGUAGCUAUUCACAAAGCUAAAAAUUUAAUUGCAAUGGAUGCAAAUGGUUUAUCUGAUCCUUAUGUUGUAUGUCAAUUAUUACCAACAAGUCAUAAUAGUACAACACCACGUACAUCAACACGACCACAAUGUUUAAAUCCAGUUUGGAAUGAAGCAUUAACUUUUGAACCAUUUGAUGGAAAAAAUAUUCAAUUAAAAACAUUAAGAUUAGCUGUACUUGAUGAAGAUUUGUAUGGUUCUGACUGGCUUGGAGAAUAUCGAUUACAAUUAUCUCAAUUGAUUCCUAAUCGUUUAACCGAUUUCUCAGUUCCACUUGGCCCACAUAAACCGAUACAACGUGGUGAAUUUGAUUUAGCGUGCCCAACACGUGGUAAAAUACAACUAGGUCUUGGCUAUUUAGAAGAUCGUAAACAAUUAUAUGUUGAAGUAAUUCGUUGCGCUAAUUUAGCUCCAAUGGAUCUUAAUGGAUUCUCUGAUCCUUUUGUCAAACUAUACCUUCGACCAGAUAAAACUAAGAAAACAAAACAAAAAACUCAAGUCAAAAAAGCUACUCUAUUUCCAGAAUUUCAUGAAACAUUUUUCUAUGAUUUAAAUGCAUCUGAAGCUGGUAGUCGAACACUUGAAAUAACUGUAUGGGAUUUUGAUCAUGGUCCAAGUAAUGAUUUUAUUGGUGGUUUAACAUUAGGUGCUGGUGCUAAAGCUGAAAGACGUGAAUUAUGGUUAGCUGUAUUUAGACCACCAUAUCGUCGUAUUGAAGCAUGGUUUCAAUUAUCGAAUAGAACUGAAAAUGGUAAUCAAUUUACAACACCAGGUGUUUGUGAUUAAAUUUUUUUUUUAUUUCUAAAUUAUAAUAUUCAUUAUUUCAUUAAAAAUUUACCUCUUAUUUCCUUUAUUGUUGUUAGCUUACAGCUUAAAUCUGUGUAAAUUAUGUGUGAUUUAAAUAAAAAAAAGAUUUCCACUAUUAUUACUAUUAUUAUUACUAUUACUAUCAUUAUUACUAUUAUUAUUAUUAUUAUUAUUGUUUAAACAAACUAUGAAGAAUGCAUUAACACUUUGAAUCCGCAAUCAUUUUUGUUUGUUUGUCUUUCAUUUCAUUUUAUGUUUAUUGUAUAAAUAAAUAAAUAAAAUCAUAUUGAUCAAUCUAGUUGACAUGUAUAUUUAUUGUGUUUGUGUAAGUUCCCUAUGUGUAAAUUUUAAAUAUAUUUUUUCUUUAUGUUUCCAUGUUUGUGUUUAUGUAUGUACGUGUGUGUGUGUGUGUGUAUGUAUGUGUGUCGGGGGGGAUAUGAUUGGUUAUCUCGAAUUCAAUCAUUCAAAUAUUAUAUGUUCAAUGUUUGUCUAUCAUAUAUAUUGUACACUUGAUUAUUAAUUCUGUUAUAUUUCACCUAGUGUUGUUGUUGUUGUUCUCGUUCUUGUUAUUUGCUUCUUUUUUUUAAAAAUUCAUACUUAUUACAUUUGCUUCUUUCAAUUUGUUUUGAAUGAAUCUUUUUUUCACCUUGAAUGAAAAAAAAUCAUCAUUAUUUAUUGUUUUAAUAAGAGACAACUAUUAUAUUGACAUAAAUAAAAUGAUAUAGAAAAUAUAUCCAUAUUUCUUUUUCCUUUUUUCUUCUUCAUUGAUUUGUUUUUUUGUUUUGUUUUUUUUCUAUUGUUGUUGUUUAUUUAUUCAAAGUGUGAAAUGUAUAAACAACAAUUCAGAUGAACAAAUUGAUUCAUUGAAUUAAUUAAUUAAUACCUUUAUAUCCUGCUAAUUAAUUUUCUAAAAGAAGAAAAUUUAUUUUUUGCUUGUUUAUUUACACAACAUUUUAUUAUUAUUAUUAUUAUUACUGUUAUUAUUAUAUAAAAUGUUUAUUUGAUUUUACAGAAUGUUUAUUCGUUUAUUUGGUUCUCUUUUUUUUUAAAAAAAUGGGGGGGGACAAAAUGUUAUCUAUCAUUUUCAGAUCUAUUUUUUCCUCUUUCUAUUGGUGUAUUUUUUUCUCCACAUACAAUAUAUAAAAAAAAAACAAUUUUUUUCUGUGAAUUGUUUACUUUUUAAAGUUUAUAAAACGAGGAAUAGUUGGUCGUUGUUGUUUCUGUUGUUGUUGUGGAAGAGCUCAUGUUAAGUGUCUUGAUCCUGUGUAUGUUUGCGCGUGUAUUUAUGUAGGAAUGUAUGUGUGUAUGUGCAUAUAUUCUUAUGUAAGUGUACAUUUUCGAUCUUGAUUUUAUCUAUUUAAUUAUCAUAAGGAAUAUAUAUGUACUGUGAAAAAUAUUGUUAUUGUUAUUCAAAUGUUGAUUAUCAAGUUUAAAUUUAUGUAAUAUUGAACAAUUGAACAGAUUUAAUAAAACAAUAACACUGAGCAAAUGUUUAA